AUGCCAGAGUCUAUUGGGGAGCCAGUACUUUGCGACUUUGGAAAUGCGGUAUAUGGGACAAAAGUCAACGACGAUGACGCCUACCCCGAUGUUUACAGGUGUCCAGAAGUGAUGCUUAAUCUGCCAUGGAGUUAUAGCGCUGAUAUCUGGAAUGUUGGCGCCAUGAUCUGGGAUGUCUUUGAGGGUAAACAUCUCUUUAGUGGGCAAGAUCCGAAACGAGGCCGCUACACAACUCGUGCUCAUCUUACAGAAAUGAUUUCUGUUCUCGGACCACCGCCACUGGAGCUCAUCAAGCGGGGCGAGAGAUCUGCGGAAUGGUUCGAUGGGAAUGGCAAAUGGCUUGAACCAGACGAGAAUGAGCCAGGACGCUUACCGCUUUUGCCGUCUGGUAGUCUCGAGGCCACGGAGGAGAAUCUCAACGGGAAGGAUAAAGAACUAUUUCUCAGCUUUAUUAAGUCGAUGUUGCAGUGGGAACCGGAGAAGCGAAAGACGGCAAGGGAAUUGUUAAACGAUCCCUGGCUGGCUAGGUCGCAAGGAUGA